CACUACGAAAGACAUUAUAGAUUGGAUUUGCAUUGGAUUAGAUAUGAUUUGAUUGAAUGAGAUUUGAUUAACAUUUGUUUUAUUGAGUAUUUCAACAAAACUUGCCACAAUGGGAAUCUUCAUUAAAGGACAGUUCUUAUUGACAAUCCUGUUGAAUUUGAUAUCAGUUUGCGUCUGUGAAGAACAUGUGAACUCCGCAAUUUUCACUCCAUACGUUAUCGAGUGUCCAGUUGUACCGCUACCGACAGGUAAUAGCAGUUGCCAAUGUGACCCUCCAAACAUCACAGUCACAGACACUGACUCCCUUGCUGCAUUUCAGUAUGUCUCCUGCAAAUUGACUCCUGAAUUAAUCAGUGCUACGAAUCCGGAUCCAUUUUAUUUCCCGCGAUCCAGGAGAGUGUACAUUGAUUGCUCAUGGAACAAUUCUCUUAGUUAUUCCGGCUUUUUGAUGAGCGCGGUAAAAAAAUGUGGCGACAUCGCCGAGGAAGUUGAUACCGUUGGCGAUGUCAAUUGCUUUACGCCCUUCAACAUCACCGCCGAUACGUAUAUGGGUCUACCUGGUCUGCAGAAAUUAAACUUCGCUUUAGAGGAUGAUGUUUCCAUCAAACCCGAUGCCUUUUCUCCACUCAAAAACCUUGAGGUACUGUCAUUGGUUCAACUUGAUUUAAAGUCUCUGCAUCCGGAGGUUUUCAGAGGUUUGACCCACCUUCGGCAACUAAGUUUGUGGGAUAAUGACAUUCGAGAACUUCCCGAUGGCAUCUUCAAUGAUCUUCAAGACUUGCAGGUACUGUCCCUCCGGAGCAAUAGCAUUACGCACAUCUCCCGUGACCUUCUGAAACCCCUCGAAUUCUUGAACACAUUAUACCUAGAUGACAAUAACAUUUCAUCCAUACACGCUGAUGCGUUCCGGUCGAUGAGGUCCCUCGAAGAAGUGGAUUUGUCACGAAAUAACCUUGAUGAGAAGUUCAGUCUGAGUUUCUUAGGUACUGAGAAGCUUUUACUCUCCUACAAUUCAUUGACUUCAUUCACAGAGGACACUGUGCCAGGAGUCCGGGGAUAUACAACCUCGUUAGAUUUGUCACAUAACUUAAUAUCGUCCAUUUCCGAAAGUGUUUUUCAAACAGAUGAGUUACUUUCUUCGCUUUCGUACGUCGUUCUCCGUAACAACCGUCUCGAAUCGUUACCAACGAAUGUCUUACGAUGGGCAAGAAGACUCACAUUCAUCGACUUUAGUUAUAACUCUUUAGAGACUCUCCACGAUGGACUCUUCGAUAUCCAGUCGAACCCUCUCGGGGAACAGAGACUAGCUGGAAAUCAGUUGGUGGUUAGGCUAGGUGGUAACCCUUUCACUUGCGACUGCCGUCUUACUUGGUUUCGUAUUUAUGACGGGCAGGAUGUUUGGAUAAGUGAUCGCGAUGACAUCGAAUGCUUUUCACCACCCAACCUGAAUGGAAUACCAUUAUUCUCAAUAAGGCCUGAGCAUUUUGAGUGCCCCUUGUCCGAUUCUCUGUGCCCUGAACAUUGUCAAUGCUACGAGGUUAUGAAGGAUCUAGGGCUUCAAACACCUCGCCGUGUGAUCAAUGUCGAAUGUGAAUCUGAAAAUCUAACACGUAUUCCGCGAGGCAUACCAAGCAAUACUUCAUCGUUGGACCUAACCGGGAAUAUCUGGAACACUCUUAGAAAAAGUAUGCUUGAUACUCGAAUGCCAUUCUUAAGCGACUUGACGCUUACUAGGUGUAGUAUCGUGAGGAUAGAAAGCGGAGCGUUUAGACUCUUAAACUCAGUCCUGCAAUUGAAACUCGACGGAAAUAAUUUUCGCAAUAUAACGAAAGGGACGUUCCAGGGAUUGACUCGACUUAACACGAUGUAUUUAAACCACAGUUCCAUCAGAACUAUUGCUGAUGGGGUCUUUCUGGACACCCCAAGUUUAACCUAUCUCUAUCUACACGGAAACUUUCUCACCGUCCUCCCUGCUAUCCAGCACUUCCCUCAAAGUCUCGAAAUAGUGAGCCUCCAAGAAAACCCACUAACUUGUAGCUGUAACUUGAUCUCAUUACAGGGGUUGGUCAGGUACACAUUAGAGGUUAAGGGCAAUGUAACAUGUCGGAAGCGCGACGGUACCACCGUAUCAUUAGCUAACCUCGAUUCCUCUUACUGCAGGAAACAUGGGACAAGUCCAUUACUCGCACCACUUGCAUCGCUUGGUGCCAUCACUGGUGUUCUCGUGGUUGUGUUCAUUUGCGUUUUUCUAUACAAAAAGAACAAAACGCUCUUCCAGCUCAUGUUACUGCGUUACUUUCCUCAAGACCUGUCCGAAGAUGACGCGAACAAACCCUUCGAUGUCUUUAUCUCCUAUUGCCAACUUGACGACGAAUUCGUGCUCCGUUACUUGGUGCCACUUUUGGAAACUGAAGAUGAGCCUUCUUACACCAUCUGUCUCCAUCAUCGUCACUUUGUCCCAGGCGACACCAUCGCGAACAACAUCGUGAGCGCCGUGGCGCAGAGCCGUCGUGUCAUUCUCGUCUUGUCAGACAACUUCCUGCAGAGUGACUGGUGCAUGUACGAGUUCCGCAUGGCUCACUUUCAAGCGUUGCACGAUCGCCGUAACACGUUGCUCAUCAUCACUCUUGGAGAUAUCAGCCAAGACUCUCUCGAUCCUGACCUGAAGGCAUACAUAAGAACUACAACCUAUCUAGAGUCUUUUGAUUCGAAAUUUAAAAACAAGCUCUUUUUGGCGCUGAAAAGAGGGCGCUCGAACCAAAGAACAGCACGGAAUCAAAUCAAACUCGUUGAUUUCGAUGGAAUAUGACAUGUCC